UUGCGCACCAACGGUCACACUGCUCGGUGGUUGUAAAUUCCGUGGCUCCGAAACUUCGAACGCGAAUUACUUAACGAUACUGUGGAAUUCACCGUGCGAAAACAUUGCGCAUCCGCCCAACGACCUUGCGGAGUGGCAAAAUGUCCUGUGCGGCCACCCUCUCGACGGCCAAGGACUCGACGAACGCGGCGAACGCGAAUGCAAAUGCCAGUGGAGCACCAACAAACAGCAAUACCAACACUAGCACACAGUCGACGGCUGUGGGUGUGGUAGUGAGCAGCAGUGCAUCGGGCGGAGGGGGUGGGGGAGGCUCCAUUUCGGGCAACACCACCGCAUCCUCCUCCGCCGCAGGGGGCGUGGCAACGGGGGGCGGCAACUCGGCGGCCGCCCUCGUCCGAAGAUUCUCCAUGGAGGGCGUGGGAGCAAGGGUGAUCCGCGGACCGGACUGGAAGUGGAACAAACAGGAUGGCGGCGAAGGACACGUGGGCACCGUUCGCAAUUUCGAAUCAGCCGAGGAAGUGGUGGUGGUCUGGGACAAUGGCACCGCUGCUAACUAUCGCUGCGCUGGAGCCUACGAUCUCCGCAUCCUGGACAGUGCGCCCACUGGCGUGAAACACGAGGGCACCAUGUGCGACACUUGCCGCCAGCAACCGAUCUUCGGCAUCCGUUGGAAGUGCGCCGAGUGCAUCAACUACGAUUUGUGCUCCAUCUGUUACCAUGGAGAUAAGCAUCACCUGCGGCAUCGAUUCUACAGGAUAACCACGCCAGGAGGCGAACGAACCAUGCUGGAGCCGCGUCGAAAGUCCAAGAAAGUGCUGGCAAGAGGCAUCUUCCCGGGAGCCCGUGUGGUUCGGGGCGUAGACUGGCAGUGGGAGGACCAAGAUGGCGGAGUGGGCCGACGUGGCAAGGUCAACGAGAUCCAGGACUGGUCCUCGGCCUCGCCAAGAUCCGCCGCUUAUGUUAUCUGGGACAAUGGCUCCAAGAAUCUUUACCGCGUGGGCUUCGAGGGAAUGGCCGAUCUGAAGGUCGUAAACGAUGCCAAGGGCAGUAAUGUUUACCGGGAUCACCUACCACUCCUUGGCGAAAACGGACCCGGAAAGGGACCACAUGGCUUCCAGAUUGGUGACAAGGUUACAGUGGAUCUGGACCUAGAAAUCGUGCAGUCUCUGCAGCACGGACAUGGCGGCUGGACCGAUGGCAUGUUCGAGUGCCUGAGCAACGCGGGAAUGGUCGUUGGAAUCGACGAAGAUCACGAUAUUGUAGUGGCCUACAAUUCCGGAAAUCGCUGGACAUUUAACCCAGCUGUUCUCACUAAAGUAUCGUCCCCCACAACUGCUCCUCCGGAGUUCCAGGUGGGCGACAUUGUCAAGAUCUGUUCGGAUGUGGAGAGCAUCAAGAUUCUGCAACGCGGACACGGCGAGUGGGCUGAUGCCAUGCAGCUGACGCUGGGCAAGAUUGGUCGCGUGCAGCAGGUCUAUCACGAUAACGACCUCAAAGUGGAGGUGGGCAACACGUCGUGGACUUACAAUCCGCUGGCCGUGUGCAAGGUGGCGUCUUCCACGUCCUCCGAUGGGGGCUGUGCUCCGGUUAUCCCCAGCGGGGAACGUCUCUCGGCCAUUCUUAAGAAGCUGUUUGAACCGAACGUCUCCGGCGAUGCCACUGAGGAGUUUGUCAAGGCAGCAGCCAAUGGAUUUGCGGCCCGUUGCGAGGAGUACUUGGCCGGCGCAGGUCAACCUUCGACUUCUAGUGCCUCGCCCAGUUCCGGCCCGGAUGUGAAUGUGAAUGGUGUGUUUGCCGGACAUACAGCCUUGCAGGCGGCCAGCCAGAAUGGCCACAUCGAGGUCAUUCAGGUCUUACUGCGACACUCCGUGGACGUCGAGAUCGAGGACAAGGACGGUGAUCGUGCUGUCCACCACGCUGCCUUUGGGGAUGAGGCGGCAGUCAUCGAGAUUUUGGCCAAAGCUGGCGCGGAUUUAAACGCACGCAAUAAGCGGAGACAAACUUCUCUGCAUAUUGCCGUCAACAAGGGCCAUUUGAACGUAGUUAAGACGCUUCUUACGCUGGGCUGCCAUCCCAGCUUGCAAGAUUCCGAGGGCGAUACACCUCUUCACGAUGCCAUUUCCAAGGAGCACGACGAGAUGCUCUCCCUGCUGCUGGACUUCGGGGCAGACAUCACGCUUAACAAUAACAAUGGCUUCAAUGCCUUACAUCAUGCUGCUCUCAAGGGUAAUCCCAGCGCCAUGAAGAUCCUGCUGACCAAGACAAACCGUCCUUGGAUCGUGGAGGAAAAGAAGGAUGACGGCUACACUGCCCUACAUCUGGCAGCACUCAAUAACCACGUUGAGAUUGCUGAGUUACUCGUUCACAUGGGUAAGGCCAAUAUGGACAGGCAGAAUGUGAAUCUCCAAACAGCUCUGCAUCUGGCGGUGGAGCGUCAGCAUGUGCAGAUUGUCAAGCUGCUGGUGCAGGAUGGCGCUGAUCUAAACAUACCCGAUAAGGACGGGGACACUCCGCUGCAUGAAGCGCUCAGACAUCAUACACUUUCGCAGUUGAAGCAACUACAAGAUGUGGAGGGAUUCGGCAAGCUUUUGAUGGGCCUAAGGAAUGCCAAUAACAAGAAGGCCUCUGCCUCGAUUGCCUGUUUUUUGGCUGCCAAUGGAGCCGAUUUGACUUUGAAGAAUCGAAAGCAGCAGACUCCAUUGGACUUGUGUCCAGAUCCCAAUCUCUGCAAGACCCUGGUCAAGUGCUAUAACGAAAGGAAAACCGACGACUCCGAGUUGCCCGGAAAUGUGGCUGGCACAAGUUCGAAUGCCAGGGCGAGAGCCGCCAGCGGUAGCCUAAACCAAUCCUCUUCUACAAGUUUGCCGCUGGCCAAUCUCGCUGCCAGCGCCACCUUCCCCGCCGCCUCCUCGUCCUCCAUAUUUGCCCUCAAUGGCAUCGCCAACGAGAUGAGUCAGUCCCUGCACGAGGAUCCCCCAAAAUCGACACCCAGUCUGGAAGAGUGUCUGGUUUGCUCGGAUGCCAAGCGGGAUACGGUGUUCAAGCCCUGUGGCCAUGUCAGUUGCUGCGAAACCUGCGCUCCGAGGGUGAAGAAGUGCCUCAUCUGCCGGGAGACGGUCUCCUCACGCGAAAAGAUCGACGAGUGUCUGGUUUGCUCGGAUCGAAGGGCAGCUGUUUUCUUCCGCCCCUGUGGCCAUAUGGUUGCUUGCGAACACUGCAGUGCUUUGAUGAAGAAGUGCGUCCUUUGUCGUACCCAGAUCGACGAGAUCUUGUCGUUUAGUCUCUGCUGCGGAGGAAGUGGACGACCAGAGAAGGUCACUGCGGCAGGUGGAGGAGUGGCUACCGUGGGUUUGCCUCUGCCCGAUGAUCGGUUCAUGGAGGCAGCAGCAGCGGCAGCCUGUGCAAAUACCUCAGGCGGUCACAACGUAGUCAUGAACAACACCGUGGUAACUCCGGUGGCGGGCAGCAGCAAUCCAUUGAAUAGCCAGAACAAUCUGCUGGCAGCUGCGGCAGCCUCUUCAAAUGUCUCGAAUCUGGCAGCCGCCGGCAGUGUGAUGGUGGCCCCUUCCAAUGUCAACAAUUUCCAGAUGGACGAUGUGCAGAAAUUGAAGCAGCAGUUGCAGGACAUAAAGGAGCAGACAAUGUGCCCCGUCUGCUUCGAUCGCAUCAAGAACAUGGUCUUUCUGUGUGGCCACGGCACUUGCCAGAUGUGCGGUGACCAGAUCGAGGGUUGUCCCAUCUGCCGCAAGACGGUCGAGAAACGCAUUCUGCUCUUCUGAAGCCCCUUCCCGGCACACACAUUCCGCGCACAGUCUGCACAGCCCUGGAAGUAUUAGGAUAUUUAACGGACUCACAUUCUUAUACACACACAUAUAACUACACAAUAUAUCAUAUAUAUAACUAUA